UUAAGCUUCACAUGAUGAGGGGUCCGUUUUUUGGACCAACUCAUCACCCUCUCUCUUCCUUCUCUCUCUCUCUCUCUCUCUCUCUCUCUUGCUGAAGCUCGUCUUGUUCACCUCCCGGAAGCUCUCUCUCUCUAGGAUUCAUGUCGGAAAAGGGUCAGCCAUUACCAAAGUUUGGUGAAUGGGAUGUGAAUGACCCAGCUUCAGCGGAGGGGUUUACUGUCAUCUUUAACAAGGCAAGGGAUGAAAAAAAGACAGGUGGCAAGCCUGAAUCUCCAGCAAAGGCCAACCCUCAAGUCAAAAACUCUGUUGAUCCGAGCAAACCUCCAACAAAGAAAUGGUUUUGCUGCAUUCAGAGCCCAGCAGAAUCUUAACUAGGUUCUCUGGCGAGGAGCUUCCAAAAGAGACGCGCGUUGUUAGGCUAAAGCAGCCCCAGAAUGUUCACUUGAAGAAGAUACAAACAGUUUAGAGCCAUUGUUAUUCUUGCAGGAAUAGCUCCUCGUGGUGUAAAUGUGGGGUUUGUGGAGAUGAGUAAAAUAAUGACGCGUUAUGCUUACUAUAAUCUAUCAGCAGUAUGCUUCUCUCUCUGUCUCUGCCUAUGUCUCUCUCUCUCUCUCUCUCUCUCUCUCUCUUCCUCUGCUUAGUUCUAUUGUUAAUUUAUUAAUUGUCUGCUUUCUGUAUUUGUGAAUUGGAUCUAUCUGUGAAAUGUCUUCGCCUACUUUCAAUCUGGUUUAAUUUAUUGUUA